UAUACAUAUAUCUAAUUAAGGAAAAACCAAAAAUUAUCACAUCAAUCUUCCUAAUCAUGUUUUGCAAUAGAUUUUUCUUCUUUCUAUAAAUUGCAAAGGGUAUGUUAUUGUUUUUCCAACAUCUCUCCCACUUUCUUGCUAGCUAGUUGAUUUUUCUCAGCAGCAGAAACUUACAAUGGCACAAAUUACAAAGAUGGAGACCGAAACAGAGAUCAAAUGCUCUGCAAACAAGUUCUACGAAAUCUUCCGGAGCAAAGUACACCUGAUGCCCAAGAUCUGCCCAAACUUGGUGAAAGAUAUACAACUACUCAAGGGUGACUGGGACUCCAAGGACUCAGUAAAGCAAUGGACUUAUGUUGCAGGAAAUUCUGAGGGGGUUAAGACAUCCGAAGCAAUAGAUGAAGAAAAUAAGUCGAUCACUUACAAAGCAAUAGAUGGAGAGAUUGCAAAGAACUACAAGGUAUAUAAGUCCACUGUGCAGGUUACGCCAAAGGGUAAUGGCAGCUUGGUGAAGUGGACUAUCGAAUAUGAGAAGGCAAAUGAGGAAGUCCCAACUCCUGACAAGUACUUCGACUUGGUGGUCAAUCUGUCAAAGGCAGUCGAAUCCUACCUUCUCAAUGCAUAAUACAAAAGGACAUAUCCUUCUGUACUAUUACUACUAGUAUAAUAAAGCUUUAAGUUUCAUGUAA